GUCUGUGCCAUCUUGUAUUUAGCAAGAACAAAAAAACGGUGUAAGAAACAAGUCCGACAACAGGAUGGGGCGAAGAUAUUGACCUGCUUUUUAAGGGGUUUGUUUUAAAAAGCUUGGCGUGGCGGGGCAUUAUGCUUGAAAGUGAGGCAGCGCGGAGAAACGUCAGCCACACCCCGUAGAACAGCGACGUUAACGUUAGCUCGCAAGCUAUCGAAGCUAAGCUAGCCAAUUAGCUAAGGCUAGUAACACAAGAGGGGACAACUGGCGAGCUCAAGAGUUCCCGUUUGAGUCCGACAAACUGUGCAAUUUGGGAAGUUUUUAAUUCAUCUCAUUGUCGCUAUUGAACCAGGGGGGUGGACUAAAGUAAGAAUGGUCCAAACGUCGUGUUGAUGUCUACUUAAGAGGAGACCCGGGAUAUGAGGAUAACUGCACGCUAGCUUGGCUGCUAACAGUUGUUUUUCGUUCCCGAGUGGAACCACGAUAAGCCGCGGCCCUGGCCAUGCCCGCGAGUGCACGGGCGGGCAAUCUAAAAGACCCGGACGUGGCGGAUCUCUUCUGCAAAGAUGAUCCGGAGAAGCUUUUCGCAGACCUCCGUGAGAUUGGUCAUGGCAGCUUCGGAGCCGUAUACUUUGCCCGAGAUGUACGCAAUAAUGAGGUGGUGGCCAUUAAGAAAAUGUCCUACAGCGGCAAGCAGACAAACGAGAAAUGGCAGGACAUCAUCAAAGAAGUGAAGUUUCUGCAGAAACUUCGCCAUCCCAACACCAUCGAGUACCUGGGAUGUUACCUGAAGGAGCACACAGCAUGGCUGGUGAUGGAGUACUGCCUCGGCUCCGCCUCAGACCUCCUUGAAGUUCACAAAAAGCCGCUCCAGGAAAUUGAAAUAGCUGCUAUUACCCAUGGAGCACUGCAGGGACUAGCAUAUCUUCACUCCCACAAUAUGAUUCACAGGGACGUGAAAGCAGGCAACAUCCUGCUGACAGAGCCCGGUCAGGUCAAACUCGGUGACUUUGGUUCUGCUUCAAUCGUGGCUCCAGCUAACUCCUUUGUGGGGACUCCCUACUGGAUGGCUCCUGAGGUGAUAUUGGCCAUGGAUGAAGGCCAGUAUGAUGGCAAGGUGGACGUCUGGUCGCUGGGCAUUACCUCCAUAGAGCUGGCGGAGAGGAAGCCCCCUCUGUUCAACAUGAAUGCUAUGAGUGCCUUAUAUCACAUCGCUCAGAAUGAAAGCCCUAUCCUUCAGUCCAAUCACUGGUCUGAUUCCUUCCGCAACUUUGUCGACUCUUGCCUACAAAAGAUUCCCCAGGACCGGCCUACCUCUGACGUGCUGCUGAAUCAUCGGUUCUUGUGCCGAGAGCGUCCGCUGACGGUGGUUAUGGACCUGAUUGCAAGAACCAAGGAUGCAGUGCGUGAGCUAGACAACCUGCAGUACCGUAAGAUGAAGAAGAUCCUCUUCCAGGAGACCCAGCAGAAUGGCCCAGUGUCAGAGGGAGGGGAGGAUGAGGAGGAGGUGGAGCAGUACCUGUUACGGACGGGGACAGUCAACAGCAUGGAGAGCUCCCAGUCGGUGCCCAGUAUGUCAAUCUCUGCCAGUUCUCAGAGCAGCUCAGUCAACAGUCUGGCUGAUGCUUCCGAUGACAGCAGCAACGAGAUGGCCAUGAUGCAGGAAGGCGAGCACACCGUCACCUCCAACAGCUCCAUCAUCCACAGACCCAUGGGUCAGGAUAACAUCUAUGAUGACCCUUACCAGCCAGAGAUGGACCAGCCCCAGGCUCCCUCAGCAGGACGGCGUCGUGCCUACUAUCGCAACAGAGACCAUUUUGCCACCAUCCGAACGGCUUCAUUGGUGACCCGGCAGAUCCAGGAGCACGAGCAGGGCUCAGCACUGCGAGAGCAGAUGUCGGGUUACAAGCGAAUGAGGCGACAGCACCAGAAGCAGCUGAUGGGGCUGGAGAACAAGCUGAAGGCGGAGAUGGAUGAGCACCAGCUGAAGCUUGACAAAGAACUUGAGAACCAGAGGAACAGCUUCUCCAGCGAGGCCGACAAGCUGGUGAAGAAGCAUCAGGCCAUUCUGGAGAAGGAGACGAAAGCUGCUCUGGCAGAAGAGAAGAAGUUCCAGCAGCAUAUACUGGGCCAGCAGAAGAAAGAACUGACCAGUUUACUGGAGUCCCAGAAACGCCAGUACCGCCAGCGCAAGGACCAGCUGAAAGAGGAGCUGAAUGAGAACCAGUCAACUCCAAAGCGGGAGAAGCAGGAGUGGUUGAUCCGUCAGAAGGAGUGUCUGCAGCAGAUGCAGGCAGAGGAGGAGGCCAGCCUGCUGCGGAGGCAGAGACAGUACUACGAGCUGCAGUGUCGCCAGUACAAGAGGAAGAUGCUGCUGGCUCGCCACAACCUGGAGCAGGACCUGCUCAGAGAGGACCUGAACAAGAAGCAGACCCAGAAGGAUCUGGAGUGCGCCAUGCUGCUGCGGCACCACGAGUCCACCCAGGAGCUGGAGUUCAGGCAGCUGAGCUCAGUGCAGCGGACCCGGGCCGAACUGAUCCGAACUCAGCACCAAACCGAGCUGACCAACCAGAUGGAGUAUAACAAACGGCGGGAACAAGAACUGCGACAGAAACACACCGUGGAGGUCCGGCAGCAGCCCAAGAGCCUCAAGUCCAAAGAGCUCCAGAUCAAGCGUCAGUUCCAGGAGACCUGUAAGAUCCAGACCCGUCAGUACAAAGCCCUGAGAAACCACUUACUGGAGAGCACUCCUAAAUCCGACCACAAGGCCGUCCUCAAACGCCUCAAAGAGGAACAAACACGUAAGCUGGCCAUCCUGGCCGAGCAGUACGACCACUCCAUCAACGACAUGCUGUCCACACAGGCUGUGAGUAAGCUGCGGCUGGAUGAGACCCAGGAGGCAGAGUACCAGGUGCUGCGGAUGCAGCUGCAACAGGAGCUGGAGCUGCUAAACGCCUACCAGAGCAAGAUCAAGAUCCACACCGACACCCAGCAUGAGCGGGAGGUUAAGGACCUGGAGCAGAGGGUGUCCAUCCGCCGGGCGCUGCUGGAGCAAAGGAUCGAGGAGGAGAUGCUCUCCCUGCAGAACGAGCGUUCAGAACGGAUCAGGACACUGCUGGAACGUCAGGCUCACGAGAUUGAGGCCUUCGACUCUGAGAGUAUGCGGCUCGGCUUCAGCAACAUGGCGCUGAGCGGCAUCCCUGCCGAGGCCUUCAACCAGGGCUACCCGACCCCCAGCCCCUCCUCGGGCUCAAGUGGCUGGCCUUCCCGACCAGUCCCCCGCUCUGGGAGCCACUGGAGCCACAGCGUCCAGAACUCGGUGUCGACUCCGUCCUGGCGCAGUCAGAACCACGGUGGAGGAGGCUUCAGCCGUGCCGAGUCCAUCGCCUCCUCCCAUGGCCUUGGCAGGGACAGCGAGAUGCACAAGAGCAGCAGAGGGCACUCCACCUCCUCCUCUUCCUCCUCCUCUUCCUCUCACCACCACCACCAUCACCAGCACCAGCAGCAGCAGCACUACAUCCCCCAGCACUACCAGCACCACCAGAGCACGCCGCAGCUGUACCGCGAAAGCCAUGACAGCAGGGAGCGCGAGCGGGCCAGGGAGUGGGUGGGAGGAGGGGGCCACUACCCGUAUCUCCCCCAGAGCCACCAUCACCACCAUCUUUCCACCCAUGCAUCCUCCCAGUCCUUGGCUCUCCUGCCUCCCCCACCCCCACCUCCCCCAAUCUCCCUCUCCUCCAACUCUCCACCCUCCUCUGCCUCUUCCUCUUCCUCGUCACAGGGAGGCUACGGAGGGGGGAACCUGAGCAUCAGGGGCCCCAACCUAAUGGCCCUCAGGAACAGCCCCCAGCCUCUGAGGAGGACAGCCUCCGGGGGGCCGGGGGGAGGAGGGGGGAGCGAUGGCGGGCUCAGCCGGAGCACAUCAGUCACUUCUCACAUUUCUAAUGGCUCUCACCUCUCCUACUCUUGAGAGCACCUGACUUCUCCUCUCUGCUCAGAUCUGUCUGACAAACAGGGCUACAAGUUACUCAGCCAGUUCAGAACAGGGAUGGGGGAUGUAGUUUGGUAGUUUUAAGUUUUUAGCAUAUUGGUGAAGGAAAACCGAUGAAAAAAGAAAAUGCAUUUUAAGAGUACAUUUUAAAGUCUCCUUUUUUUUUUAACGUGUAGAGACCUCAAAGAGUUCUUUCUGCACAAGAAAAGAGAGAAAGAAGCCUUUUAGUGGCUACAGAAAACAUUAAAAAAAAAAAUCUCUUACAUUCGUCAAAAAGUUGCACAGGAAGAUUGUUGAAGCUAAGCAAUUGUUAAAAAAGUUUUUUUUGGGCAAAAAUCUUCAACAAACAUGAAAAGAGCCAUGUGUGGCAAAGUGAAUGAGUAGAGACAAACAGGACAGAAAAGUCCACUUGUUCAUUUUGAAACACAAUGAAUCCAUUGCACAGUAUUGAGUUCUAUAGUGAGACGGUUUAACUGCAGGAGUCGCCUUUCAGACCAGGUUCAGGUCUAGGUGUAGCCAAGACCUUCAGGUGUUCAGGUUUAAAGUUUAGCAGGAAGACAGGCGACCGUUUUGAAGCUUCCACUCGGCUGCGGUGCUUUAAAAACCACUGUAACUAUGUAAAUAACGGUAAAUUGUAAAACCCAAUUUUUGAUUUCUACGUGUUUCAUAUGUUCAGCAGGUUCGGGUUCGCUGGGGUCAGGGGGACAACACAGGAAUUGACAGUAGGAUUAUCUUAAAAAAAUAAACUUCUCUUUUUUUUUUUUGUAGUGAUAAGAAUCUGUAAAAUGACAAUGAAGACAAACACUGCCAUCUAUUUGUUGACAACUCGACCACUGCCCUUUAACUCUUCUUAAACAGUCCGACAUAUUUCAGACGGGAGCUUGUUUGUUAUUUUUGAACCUCUGUGUGUCCAGAAACAGAAUAAGCUUCAUUGAUUUAGCUUAAAUAUAGAAAUAAGAACGAACAGACACAUAUUCUGUUGAUUGAUUUAUUUUUUUUAAUUGAUGUCAGAAAAUGGUAAUAGGCCGAUGUGAUUAGGUGAUUGUGAAAAUUAUUGGUUGGCUAUUUUAAUAGCUGCCAUCUAAUAACUUUGUCUCUGCUCUGUUUAGUCCAGAUCAGGAAUCUCUGAUUUAAUCUGAGAUAUUCAAGUAAAGGUGUCUUGAUUUGAAGUAUCAAGCGGGAUGUCUAAUGGUAAAUACAUUUUAGCAAAUCAAAUAAAUCUGUGUCAUGGAAAAGUUUAAAACUCAAACUGGUGUACCAAUUUUAGGGAGUUUUUGUUCUUGACACACAGAGGAGACGGGCAAUAGGAACACUGUCCCAAAAAAUGUCAGACUAACUUUCAAGGGAUGCUGCCAGAGAGGUGUGUUUUUUUUUUUUUUUUUUUUUGAGUGAGUUGAGCACUUGAAUCUGAGUGCUCUAAGUGUGCGUGCGUAUGUGUGUGUGUGUGUGUGUGAGCAGCUUACCCACACCUCCACCCGUCUCCCCCACAGUUUGGUCUGCAUCUGUAGAUAGGAUGUACAUGUUACAUUACAGAUUAGUACACUUCAGUGCAUGGAACUUGUGUACAGACAGCAUUUGUAUGAAUCUCAUGCACACUACCUAUUUAUAUAAAUGUAAGAUACCUGUGUAAAUGUAGCAGGUAUACUGAAGAUUGUUCACUGUCCAAACACUUUUAACUUGCAUUGUACUUAUGGGUGUACAUAAAAGCACUAACUUUGAGACUGUGUUAGAGUAAUAAUAAUGAUUAUUUUGUCACGUGAGUUAUACCAAUUUGUACUAGAUGCAGACAAAUAGAUGCUAUCAUUAUUAUUACCUCUACUGCAGUUGUAAUAUUUAUGUCGUAUGCUAAUUUUUCGGUUUUUAAAAUGUAAUUGCCAAUUUUGACCACUGGGUGGGGAAUAAGCGCAAUGUUACUGUGAUAGACCUAUGGAGAAAAAAAACACACAAAAACAAAUAUUAAUGUUUUUAAAGGAGGACAAAUAGACUACCUUUCCCAGCAUUCCUGUCUCAGGUCUCAGGGAAGAAGGAGUCUACAGUUCUGGGCAGGGCUGAGUUUAACUUUUUAGAUGUUUUUAUUUUGAGCCAGUAUUAAAAGGUGGAGGGUCUGCAAACGAGCUGAACAACAUUACCAGAUUCUUUCACCGGGUUUUGUGCCAUGUUUCAAUUUUUAUUUAAUGCUUUCCAUUCUUUAUCCCUCAUAAAAGAAAACUGUAACCUGCAACACAUACAGAGCCCCAAAGUGGUCAACGUCAAAUCAGUAAAAGACUUAAACUGACUUCAUAGAAAUAGGGAUCAAUUGUUUAAAAUAUAACAGUGAACCACAUUUUUUUUUUUAAAUAGUUUAAAUGGAAGGAAAUCACAUGCAAAAACCCAAUUUUUAAGUUUGAUUUCAUACACAAAAAUAUAUUAUUUCAGGUUAGGUUUUUAAGAGAUGUUUUUGUUUGUUUAGCACAAGUAGCAUUUAAUUAUUAUUUUUGUAAUGAUGUAUCAUAACGUACGGAUGCCCUUAGGGGACAUUCUGCCAGAAAAUAAUUGAUUGUAAAAAAUAACCAUUCAAACUUAAUCCGAGAAAUAGUUUUAAGAAAGAAAAUAUUAUUAUUUUUUUUUUAAUCAAACUCAUCUCAGAAAGAGCAAUCCAGAAAUCUUCUGCAGUAAUUUAAGUAACUUUUAAUGUGACGUUGACCACAUUGAGGCUCUCCUUUUCAAUCAAACUUUUCUUUAUUUGCUUUUGCACGGUCUGAAUGGGUAGAGAAAAAUACAAACAUCUGGUCGCUUCCUGCAGCCGCAACCAUCCAGACAGGUGGAUAAUAAAUCAGCUGAUCUACCGCCACCUGUCACAUGACCCCUCCAUUCAUCAUCUCUGCUGCAGGACGCUGAUCUCAGUGUGAUCUGAUGCUGUCUGUCAUGUCUACCUCAUUUGCACUGAUAGUAAAAGAAUGUUUGAGUGCAGAAAAUCAAAGCAUAUUUCUAGUGUGCUGACUAAAACAUUAGUUUCUUUUUCUGUAUUUGUGCAAAUGUUGCUGAGAAGUUUUAUGAAAGCAGGGAGAGACAGGGAAGUGGAAGGUGGAUUUAAAGGACGGGCUGGACUUUAAAAAAAAAAAAAAAAAGAUCCCUCUUGGAGAUACUAUAGAGACACUGCUGGGGGAAAACAAGCCAGCCAACAUCGUGUGAUCUUUGUGGAGGGACAUGUUUCUGCUGGAACUCUGCCCAUCCUCAAAAACACCUGGAAAACAUUCAAGAUGUGAGAUUUCAGUUUGCCAACUUUGUUUUUCUUUUUUAUGCAUUAUUUUGUACAGAGUUUCAGUGCUGACCAUUCCUCAGUUGUGUUAUGUUUGCCAAUUAAAGCUGCACUGCGGAGUCUGAAAUCACCAACAGAAAGACAAAUAGAUGUAGAUUAAAGCUGUUUCUUAUGUUGGUUCACUAAUAGCAGAUAAACAAAUGUGCAGUUCACUGACGUAUGGAUUUCUGUGUUGGUAUCUGCUUAACUCAAAGGAUUAUGUUUAUGUUUGCUCAGAUAAGACUGCUGACGAAGUUCAGACUGAAGCUUUGCUUGAUAAAAUGGCUCUCAUGAUUUCUCUAAACUCACCAAAAUAUCUGGAGAGUUGAGCUGGCAACAGUUAUUGAUCAAUACUUUUUCAAUAGAAUACCAGAAACGUUUAGUUUGAGAUCUGUUGAAGGUGAGAAUUUGCAGCUUUUCUCAGUUGGUUUAUCUCGGUAAACAGUACUGUUGGAGGUAGAUAACAAUAGUUUUACAACAAUCAAGAGUAAAACGUGGGAUCUUUAGAAAUCAACUGCAGGUUAAUCAUUUAUGAACAGAUUUGCACACAGCACUGGAUAAGCCAUUCAUGGCUCAUUAUGAUAAUGAUUUUCAAGAGUUAAAUCUGGAGCAUUAAGAGCGGUUUGGAAUUUUAGCCAUGACUUUGAUGACUGAGAACCUACACAGACAUUAAGCGACCUGACAUCUAAAAAACUGAAGCAAAUUAAUCCAGAAGAAAAGCAACUAUCAAGCAAACAUGAAACGUGACGUGAAUUAGCCCGUGUUAAGAAGCUGCUUGUUUCACAGCCUGUCUGUUGAUUCGAUAGCAAACGAGAUUUCCCAGAAUGCAGAGCAGUGAUUCCUUCUUUUUUUCCUUGUGGGUCCAUAUGUUUACUUUUGUUUAAAAUGUUUCUGCUCCUGUCUCCAGUUCUACUGGCAGGAACCCCCACCCCCCACCCCCCUAAAGGUAGAGACUGUCCCCAGCUGUUUGGGGCCAGCAGCUCAACAAUCACAUAAACUGACAGGGAGCUCAGCUGUGAGGAUGAAGACGGUGAUGAUGAGGACGAUGAGAAGAGUUGGUGUUGAGUGGAUGUGUGUAAGGAGACAUGGAUGGGUUAAAAACUGUUUUGACAGCAGGGGACAGAGUUUAAAAAAAAAAGUUCAGGUUCAAUGCAAAUGUUUGGAGGAGUGUUGAGAAAUGACUUGUACAGAAACGUAAAAAAAAAUAAUUUUUGAGAAAUAAAUGAACAAAAACUGAAA